GUCAGACGUAACUGAAGCGACUGAGCAGCAACCCCCAGAUCUUUCUUCUGAAAGCUUCUGUCUAGCCCACUAGGGGCAGGGGGCAGAGGGCUGGGCCUGGAGUUAAGACCUGAGACCAAAUCUGGGCUCAGACACUUACUAGCAGUGUGUCUGCCUCAGUUUCUUCAUCUGUGAAAUAGGGAUAAUAAUAGCAACCCAACCCCCUUCCCGCCCAGGAUUGUUGUGGAGAUGAGAUGGGAUAGUAUUGGUGAAGCUCUUCUUUGCAAACCUUAAAGCACUGUAGAAAUGCCAGCUGUUAUCAUCCAUACCUCCCCUUUCUUAUACUUGUGAAGUUUAUUUUUUGAACCCAAAUGUAUGAUUUAUGUUUCAAAAGCUCAUCUUGGAAGCUGAGGUCGGAUGGAGCUCAGGUCUUCCUGACUCCAGGACUUCCGCUCUAUUCGAUGCCCCCCUCCUGGAAAGAGCAUCAGAAAACCAGGGCCAGACCCUGCUUCUUGUGAGCCAUGCCCCCCGCCCCAAGCAUUCAUGUCACCCCUGCGUCUCUGUUUCUCCAUCUGUAACAUGUUGGCUCCAAGCCCCCUUCUGGAGGAGACCUCUUCCGUCGCCUGGACUGGUUGGGUUCUUGGGGGCAGAGCUGGCUGGCCCCAGAUGCCUGUCAUCAUAGGGGACCGGCCUGCCCCCUCUGCCGGCUUCUCCAUGACUGGAAACGUGUCUCUGCUCACCUCAGUCAUCUCGGCCAUGAGACUCAGUCCCCAGAACCUGAAGGCGACCGUCCACUACACGGUGGGCUCCAUGUGCCAGGAAGCUGCCGAUGCCAAAGGCGUCCGGUUCACCAAGCCGGCCAUCGCGGCCAUCUCCGAGGUCACCUUUCGGCAGUGCGAACAUUUCGCCAAAGACCUCGAGAUGUUUGCCAGACAUGCAAAAAGAAGCACAAUUAACAUGGAGGACGUGAAGCUCUUAGCCAGGAGGAGCAGCUCAUUGCUAAAUUACAUCACAGAGAAGAGUGAAGAGAUUUCUCGAAUUAACCAGGAACAAAAAGAUAAGAAGAAAAAGAAGACAGAAGGAGGAAACAAAAAAUCCAGUAAACAGGCGGUAACCGAAAUGGACAUCGAUGAUUGAGAUGACCUCCUGCCCUCGCCAGACACUUCCUGCUCCAGCUGCUCUGGGUGGCAUGGGGGCCAAAGAAUGGACCAUGGCAGCAACCGCCAUCCCACAAGCUCUACUCUUAGCAAAGCCAAUGUGAAAGGGAUGAAAGGAGAGAAGAUAGAUGCUGGCGGGCGUUUGGGGGCUAAUCUUGUUCCUGCUCUAAAUAGUUGGCUAAUAAUUUCAACACAUAAGAAAGCUGGAAAUGCUUAAGAUAUUCCAGUACCUUUGUUGGAACACUGAGAAAGGAGUGUUGGAGCAGUGUGGAUUUAAAUUAUUAUUAUUAUUAUUAUUAUUAUUAUUGUUAGUUAAUUAAUAAAAUGUUGUGUAGCUGUUUCAGACCCCAAACAUAUAUUCUUUUGUCU